AUGAUUGCCACAACAACCUAUGUACAAUCUGGAGGUCCUGGUGGUCAACACGCAAACAAAACAUCUUCAAAAGCGAAUACAAUUUGGCCGAUGAAGACCCUGGAGGGUCUUCUACCAUCAAUAAUAUCGAAAGGACUACGCCGCGGGACACAUUUUGUAAAGAGUACUGAAGUAAUUCAAAUUCAAUGUGAUAGUAGUCGGAAGCGGACUGAAAAUCAGGAGGAGACACAUCGAAGGUUCCAGGAGGAAAUUAAACAGAUAUACAAAACAACAGUUCCCGGCAAAACCUCCAUUGAGCAACAACAGAGAGUGAAGAACUUGCAAUCUUCUGCCAAUAUAGCGAGAUUGAAAAUGAAAAAGCAGCAUGCAGAUAAGAAGAAGUCUAGGGGCGGUGGUAAAGGUGGAAAUUUUUGA